AUGGUGUUGUGGGAGAUAGCACUGGGAACAGCCUACUUCUUGGGCUUGAGGCGGAGUUAUCGGCUCGCAUUGAAGACCCAGCGUCGGAUUAUUAGCCCUAAGCAUCCAAGGAUCCGGCAAUUCAUGCAUCGGAGGACUCAUCAAAUCUUUGACAUGGCACUUAGGGUCCACAAGAACAUACAACAGAGAGACAUGGAAAUUGGCCGGAGCCUUGGAAACUGGAUUCUCCGGUGGCUCGAUCGGAUGAAGCCAUCAGCUCAGGUUAUUCUACCAAAACAGACAACAAUACAUACAGAGGCAACCGUGGACAAGGCGAAGAGACUAUUUGAAUCAACCUGUCUCAAACCACAUGCUAAUACUAUCCAGACUCCUCAGAACAGUGAAGUCGAUAGGCACUUGUUCUCGUCCUUGAAGAACCUCCGGCCCAAGAUUCCGUUGAUGAUGAUCAAGCCACCAAGAUCCACUGGAAGUACCACUCAGUACAGGAAUUACAGUGCAGCAGGUGAAUUCAGUCUAAUUAAACCGAUUUACGCUAGAAGCGGGUUUGAUGGUGUCAUCAGGAAGGACAUUUUGCAGUGGAUGCUGCAGAGAUGA